CAAAGCACAUAUGCAGCCGAUUUAACUACUCAAUUAUUAUCUUCUUGUUCAUAAAGACAAAAAGCAUUAUUUAUUUUCCGUAAGACAAAAGCAAAUGGCGAUCGCCUGCAAUAAGCUAGAAGGUACCUUUCCUCUGAGACCCACUGAGAGUUCCAUGGACAAGCCAACCCUCAGAUUAUCCUCUGGAGGAUGGAAAUCGGCCAGGCUAAUCAUCGGUGUCGAAAUGGCGGAACAGUUCGCCUUUUACGGGAUUUCCUCGAACUUGAUAACGUAUCUGACCGGACCACUGGGGGAGUCAACAGCUGCCGCUGCAGCCAAUGUCAACGCAUGGACUGGAACGGUGUCGUUUCUGCCCCUUCUCUGGGGCUUUAUCGCUGACUCGUUUCUUGGACGUUUCCGUACAAUCGUGAUCGCGUCUUCUCUCUAUAUCUUGGGACUUGGGUUGCUGUCUUUUUCAGCCAUGGCUCCUUCUAACUCUAAAGAUCCAAAUCAACUCCAAGUGAUUCUCUUCUUCUGCUCUCUGUAUCUUAUAGCAAUAGGACAAGGCGGUUACAAACCGUGUAUUAAGGUAUUUGGAGCAGAUCAAUUCGAUGGAAAUGAUCUCAAAGAGGCAAAAGCCAAGAGUUCUUUCUUUAACUGGUUAAUGUUUGGAAGUUGUGUUAGCAUAUUGACCACUCGAUUGGUCUCUAGCUACAUUCAAGAAUACCUAAGUUGGUCCUUAGGAUUUGGUAUUCCAAGUGUUUCCAUGCUACUUGCUCUGCUUCUCUUCCUUCUUGGCACUAAGACUUACCGCUUUAGUGCUACAAGAGGAGGAAAGAAAAAUCCGUUUGCUAGAAUCAGUCGUGUUUUCAUGGUUGCUUUAAAGAAUAGAACGCAACCAGAUUCAUAUAUAGCUAACCCGAACGAGACCCUUCUCAUUUACCAGAGUUCCAAGCAAUUCAGGUUCCUCGACAAGGCAGCGAUUUCGUGUAGUUUUGCUGAAAUUGAAGAAGCAAAAGCGGUGCUUAAGCUUGUUCCCAUAUGGCUGACUUGUUUAGUCUACGCUAUUGUAUGUGCACAAUCCCAUACUUUCUUCACAAAGCAAGGAGCCAAAAUGGACAGAUCAAUCUCUCCAGGACUCUUAGUCCCUGCGGCUACACUCCAAUGUUUCAUAAGCCUUACAAUGGUCAUUUUUAUCCCAAUCUACGACCGUCUCCUCGUCCCAGUCGCAAGAUCUUUCACUCAUAACCCUUCAGGAAUCACAAUGCUACAAAGGAUUGGCACAGGGAUUUUUCUCUCCAUCCUUGCUAUGGUAGUAGCCGCCUUGGUAGAGAGAAAAAGGCUCCAAAUCGCUCAUGAUAAUGUCACAAUACUAAUGAGCGUGUGGUGGUUGGUUCCACAGUACGUUCUUUAUGGAGUCUCGGACGUGUUCAUGGUGGGUUUGCAAGAGUUCUUCUACGACCAAGUCCCCAGUGAGCUUAGGAGUGUUGGUAUGGCUCUGAAUCUAAGCAUAUACGGGGUCGGAAACUUUCUAAGCAGCUUCAUGAUAUCAGUCAUUGAUAAAGUCACUAGCCAGUCUGGUCAAACGAGCUGGUUCGAUAAUGACUUAAACCAUGCUCAUCUAGAUUAUUUCUACUGGCUACUCGCUUGUCUCAGCUCCAUUGGUUUAGUCUCCUACUUGUGGUUCGCCAAGUCGUAUCUUUACAAUAGACUAAAUUAAACUUCUAAAAACAUUGUAUCUUCUUAUGUGAAUUAGGGUUUUUUCAUUUCCGAUAUGGGCCUCAUGACCAACCAAAAACAAUAUUCCUUCUUAUGUGA